UCUGGAGAAAAAGAGAAGAAAAGAAGAAACUAUGGACAUAUAUGCGGACUUGGAAGAUGACCUGGUGGAGUCAGAAUUCGUGAAGCAGGAGGUCAAGUAUAAGUCUCUUGGGAUUGAGCCUUUGGCUCUUGUGAUCUUACCAGAAGGUCGGACAAGGAAAUCCAACAGAGAUACAACUACUACACUUCCAUGGAACGCCCAGUACGACAGAACUAGUUAUUUGUUAACAUCGGCCAGCGAAAUGAACAAAGAUCCAUUCCUUGUUAAAAACAAAUCAGCGAAACAACUGGAACUACAAGAAAACGAUGUUGCUAACGCCUCUCAUGAAGCAGCUUUCUUGAAGAACAACCCAGAGAAUACUGUUUAUAUAUUGCCAUCACUUACAGUCGAAUUAGGAGAAGAUUCCAAUUUGCUUAUGACACCCAACGAACGACAAGAAAUACCUUUUGAAGUUACCAAUAAUUUGAAUAGUGCUACAAGGGUGACGUUCACUGUGAGAGAUGAAUUAGGCAUCUUAUUGGAGAUCGACAGAUACAUAGCUAUUUUGAGACCUCAUGCCAGUACUACUGUCAGGGUAGCAGUUCUCCCAAAAUCUGGCCAACACUCAGAUCGAAUAACUUUCAUAGCAACGGGUUCGGAACAAGUUAGAAAAGAUGUUUUGGUUGACAUUGGGGGCAAUUACCAAUCAGAUACAGACGCACCCUUUGUUGACUACACGUAUACCAGUGACUGUACAGAUAUUGUCCUUUCGAAAUGCAAAGAAGGGACAUGGACUAUUAAAAUCACAGCACAAGAUUCAGAUUCCGGUAUAAAACUUCUCACGACGAUUCCAAAAGGAUUAUAUUUUCCUGAUACCUAUACUUCUGGCACAAGAGAAGAAGUUACUGGUAUCUAUAGCGAAUCAUGUUGUAAUGCUGAUCUUCAAAUCAUUGCAGUAGACAGAAUGAAUAACAGAUAUUCCAGACAGAUUAACGCUUAUAGAGCUCCUUUGAGUUUUUGGGCAGUGACUGCAAUCACUUCAGUGAGUUUAAUAUUUCUCGCUAUCAUAAUAGUUUCUUCGUUAAUUUGCUUGAAAAAGUGCAAGAGAAAUGAAGCUGAUAGUUUUGACUUGCCCACCUACAGAGGAGGUAGAUCUCGUUACUAGAAAAGUAUUAAUUGAAAUACAUCAAUUUGUAUAAUAUGAAUCUUAAUAUUAACACAUUUUUACCAA